CGAAGGUCAUGGUAUCAUCGAAUUCUUUUACCGUAGGAAAGCUGGAUGCUGGAAUGGCAAUCCUGAUAGGCGAAAGAGCCUCUUUGAUAGAAUUUCCGUCUGUAUUACUCCCAGCCGGUAUUACUACUGGUUCUAUAGUAAAUAUCGCUGUAAAUAGGAACCAACAAGCUGAGAAGGAACACGCUCAGGCGUUCUGGGAUCUUCAAAAGACAAUUUUGGACACCUACGGCAUUGAUUCACCUAAGCAGCCAGCUAUACGCGUUAGAAACACAACUCAAACAUCUGUCACUAUCGAAUGGGACGAGCUUGAACUCGCUACGUCUAACUUGCGCUCUUUGGAUUUAUACAGGAAUGGUCAAAGGUUGAGCGCUAUCAGCAAUCCAGAUAACAAGACAUACAAAAUGUCAGGUCUCUCACUGAAUACGGAGUAUAGCUUCCAGCUAAUAAUGAGAACAACGGCAGGUGUAUAUCCAUCUGAGACUAUCAAAGUUAAAACACACACUAUAAAUGAUACAACUGGUAUUAGAGUAGCAAUUGGUGCUAUCACAGAUGAGAAACUACUCGAUUCAGCCAAGUCUGCAAUCGAAGAAAUGGGUGCUCAAUAUCAGGACAAAGUUACGAUCGAUACUACUCACUUUGUCUGCUCAAAACCAGGUCCUUAUAAUUUAUCAGAAUACCAAAAAGCAGUACAGCAUUCUAUACCAAUAGUACAACCACAGUGGUUGUUGGCAUGUCAUGCUGAAAAGAAGAUGGUGAAUAUCAGUUCAUUCUAUCUUGGUGGCCCAAUGCCAAACGUCAAGUUUGAAAGUAGAUCUUCGAAUAACGUAACGGAUGCCACACCUGAGGUAAAUGGCGCUGAGGCUGGACCAAGCGAGCAACCUGAUAAACCAGAGCAACCAGAGCAACCAGUUGAAAAACAAGAUCCAGCAACACAGGAAGCCCUCAAUGAUCCAGAAGGCGGACCUAUAGAUGGUAUACCCCCAGCAGUUGAGGAUGACGAGGAGACGAAACAAACCAAAAAUGCUGUCAGGAAGGAAAUAGAAGAAGCUGAAAGACAAGCUACAGAUGCAGCAUAUGGACACGAAGAUGAGGAUGUCGCUGGUCGAGAAGGACGUGAUGAUAUGCGGACGUUCAGCUUCCCAAGAGUGACGGCAGUACCUGAAGAAGAGCAAAGACCAUCUUCAACACCACCAGAUAUACGUAUCAUUAACGAAGAUGGACAAGAGCAAAUUAUGGCUGAAGGUCUAGCAGAUUACGAUUAUGGAGACGGAGAAGAAAUAGAUCUCAACGACGACGAUGAAGAGAGUGUUGAUAGUAGCCAAGAAUAA